GACCUUCUUUUACCAUUCGUUAGUCACAAUAGGAAUAGCAAAGGGUAGCACCGGUUCGGUUUCCAGUCCACUCGAAUUUGCGAAAAAGCGAAUACGCCUUAUUCACCACAUAAAGUCUCGCACAAGAGUAUAAAAGUCUCACUCACAAGUCACUGCAUUGGCUACCAAACCAACAGGCAGGUAUCCAGUAGAGCAGACGUUCGGACCCAAAUCUCUUUCAUCGCUUGCUCAUACAGCAUCUAAUCAGCAACCAACUGGAUCGAUAAACAUCACCGAAGAACAAAAACGCGAGGGAUAGCAAGUUCUGAACUCUCAAGUGUUUACCUUUUCGCAUUCCAACGAACUCAACACCACUUUCUAGACUCUUUACUUCUCCACGACAACUUCCGCAUCAAGAUGAAGUGGGAAUCUACCGCAUUCGUGCUUCUACAGCUCAUUGUCACUACUCACGCCUACGCCUUCCCCAAGCCAACACAGAGUUCUCGUUGGGCUACCCCUGCCACGACUGGAAAGUCCUCAGCCGCCAAACACUUUGUGUCGCGCUCGAGGAGCACUACCAGUCUCGCCGCGUCCACCCAGAAAAAGCCAGAAGAACUCCGUCGGGAGAUUGCGGAGCGGAAUUCUCUCGUAGAGGAUGAAGCACAGUAUGCCGUAGCGGACGGAGAAUUGUUGGAGCGCAUGGGCACUUCGGAUGCGGUAGCAGCCGAGGAGACCGACGUCAAGACGGACUACACCGACAUGUACUCGCGCAUGAAGCGCAUGACCAAACCGAGGGCGUACCCGCUCUUUUUGGCAGAAAAAGGCGUUGAAUUCUUGGAAGGAACCGUGCACGAUAUUGCCAAAUCCUUCCAACGCACCGCCGAAACGGGAGCGGCCACUUCUACCAGUGACGUCAACGGAAGCGUGGGACAAAAGGAGCGAGUCGUGGUUCUCGGGACAGGCUGGGGCUCGGCUUCUCUAUUGAAAGAAAUCGACACCGACCUGUACGAUGUUACCGUCAUUUCUCCCCGAAAUUACUUUCUUUUCACCCCGAUGCUCGCUGGUGCCAGUGUCGGUACAGUGGAAUACCGUUCCAUUACUGAACCCAUCCGGGCGAUCAAUCCGCAAGCCAAUUUCUUGGAGGCCACCGCCACGAACAUUGAUACGAAAACAAACACAGUCACCUGCGAGUCCGUCAUUUGCGAAGGCAAUAGUUGUGAUAUCCAAGAUUUCAGCGUUCAAUACGAUCGUCUCGUAGUGGCGGUGGGAGCUCAAACCAACACGUUUGGCAUUCCUGGAGUCAAGGAAUACUGCAACUAUUUGCGACAGGUUGAAGACGCACGUCGCGUACGAACCUCCAUCAUCAACUGCUUUGAACGAGCUAACUUACCGGGUCUUUCUGACGAAGAGAGAAUUCGCAACCUUACUUUUGCGGUGAUUGGUGCUGGUCCUACCGGGAUCGAGUUUGCCGCCGAGCUGCGUGAUUUUGUUGAGGAAGACGGCCCCAAGUACUAUCCGAAGCUUCUCCAGUACGUGCGCAUCAAGGUCAUUGAAGCGUCGCCGAUGGUUUUGGCGCCUUUCGACAAAGAGCUCCAGCAAGAAGCCAUUGCCCAGCUGAAGCGUCCUACCAUGAUUUCGGACCCCAAAGUAGCGAAGUUACUGCCGCCCAAUUUUCAAAUGACAGAACUCUUGUUGGAAGCUUCCGUCAAGGAAGUCAAGGAGGAUCGUAUUUUACUGAACAAUGGCCAAGAAAUUCCGUACGGUAUCGCUGUUUGGGCAGCUGGCAAUGGUCCGAUUCCUCUGACACUGCAGUUGAUUGAAAGUCUCGGCGAUGAACAAGCGUCGGCACAAGCCGUUGCACGGGGACGUGUCGCUGUGGAUUGCUGGAUGCGGGCCAUUGGCGGUCAAGGCAAAGUACUGUCCUUUGGUGAUUGCUCAUGCAUGUUCCAGCAGCAGCUUCCAGCGACGGCGCAAGUAGCCUCACAGCAGGGGGAAUAUUUGGCCAAGCUUUUGAACAAAAAGUUUGAGUUCACGCCGGCUCUGACUGAAGAUGGCAUCUUCCCGCCACCGCGGAAAGACCCCGCCCGGACACAAACCAGCUUUUCCGACGCGAUUGCUGCAUUUGCGUCGAAUAACUACGAAUACGCCAAACCGUUCCAAUUCUUGAAUUUGGGCAUUUUAGCUUAUACUGGUGGGGGUUCUGCUUUGGCGCAGGUGACACCCGUGCCGGAUGGUGCUUCGGUCCAGGGCAAGGGCAAACUCGGCAACGCGUUGUGGCGCAGUGUCUACUUGACCAAGCAAGUGAGUUGGCGCAACCGACUGCUCGUGAUGAAUGACUGGACCAAGCGUCGAUUGUUUGGACGAGACAUUACGCGACUUUAGAAAUAACAACAGACUGAUAUAAUUUGCAAAACAAUUACACUUUACUCUUUUC